UUUUCUGGGGAUCGCGAUUUACACGUCUGGCACGUGGUUCCUCGUAUAAAACACAAAAAUGGCGGCGGUCACCACGAAGAAACACGAGUUAAACUCUCUAAACUCGGUUAAAUCCCGUCCAUUCCGACUAUCUUACGACUUUUUCUUGAAAAUUUAAAAAACAUAUCUCCUUCCGGACAAUCAUUAUCCACGAAGACGAUGUCCACGUCGAGGCGUCAGCGGCCAAGCCGGCUCGGCGCCAAAAUCAGCUCACCAGUCGCGCUUUCCGGUCGGUGUUUUAUAAAUACUGCAGACAGUCGAAGUGUGCAGCGAACACGGGAGUCGUUGUAAAAUCACGAAAGAUCUCGGCAGACACGGUUUUACAGCUGCAUGGACGAGUCGAAUUCGAUUUGUGGAGAAAUAAAUAUAUUCGUGCCGUCUAGAUUGUGAUUUUUUGUGAUAAAGUGUUUGUGAAGUUGACUGUGGGGAAGUGUAUACAUGAUUAAGUGGUGUUAGUGACAUUUUCGUGGAUUAAUUGUAGCCCGGGUUGGCUGAGCGAAUUCUUGGAACCAAGUGCCAAAAGUGUACGAAUUAACACUAGCGUGUGCACGGAAGUUGGGAAAGAAACAUUUUGUAAAGCGUAUUCGUUUGAAGAAAGCGAUAAGUUUCGAUUGUGUUUCGGGAAAGUGCGAUAAGAAUCGAAGAAGUGAUUGUUUAAGCGACAAUUGUGAUUUUCUGAAGAAGGAUUGAUCAUUGUUCCGUGAAAUUUUCUUAGAUACAAAAUGAUUCAAAAUUGAAUCGACAACGCGAGGGCGUGGAAAACAAAAGCGAGGAUCCUUCAUCGCGAGAUGACAGAAUGCGAGAUUCGUGAUCUCUUCGUCGAUCAUUGCGGACAGUUAAACGAGAAUUUUGGCUUCAAUUCGAGCCUGUGGCGAGCGAUCGACGACCGUCCGUCAGAAUGAGCUUAAUGAAGAAGGCCAUCGGCGGCUCCAUUCACAGGAUACGAGAGUUCGAGCUCGAGAAGGUGAAUUUGAUCGACGAGUUCGAUAUCCUGCAAAUCGUAGGCGAGGGAUGGUUCGGCAAAAUCCUGCUGACCGAGCACCGAAGCACCCAGACCGAGAUGGUGCUGAAGGCUCUGCCGAAGGCGUACACCGGCAUCUCGGACUUCUUUCGCGAGUUCCAUUACGGGCUACACCUGGCCGCGCACAGGAACAUCAUAACCACCUACGACGUGGCCUUCGAGACUGCUGGCUUCUACGUUUUCAGUCAGGAAUACGCACCACUCGGAGACUUAACGUCCAACGUGACAGAGACGGGGUUAGGCGAGCUUCACGCGAAGAGGGUUGUAAGGCAAUUGGCGGCUGCUGUGCAUCAUAUUCACAGUCGAGAAUUGGUGCACCGUGACAUCAAGCUCGACAAUAUUCUCGUGUUCAGAAGUGACUUCUCGCGGAUCAAGUUAUGCGAUUUUGGAGAAACAAGACGAGUGAACACUGUGGUGCGACGACACAACGAGUGGCUGCCAUAUUCGCCGCCCGAGGUAUUGCAGAUCGACACUGACGAAACGUACAAAGCUCUCACGUCGCACGACGUCUGGCAAUUCGGCAUUGUCCUAUUUGUCUGUCUGACCGGAUGUUUGCCAUGGCAGAAGGCGGCGUUGGACGAUCCGCGUUACACCAGAUAUCAAAACUGGCACAACGCGACGCUCAACAUAGCCAAGAAACCGAAAUUAUUUCAGCUGAUCAGCUCACGGGCGCAGAGAAUGUUCAAGCGAUUGCUGGAUCCUAAGGCCGAGAAGCGACCCGUGAGCGUCUUGGAGGUAAAUAAAUACUUGGAGGACAGGUGGCUAGCGAAACUCGGUGCCGAGAAGGCGAUGAACGGUGGCGCCGACGAAAGGGACGAGCUAUGUCCCUCGAUGUACAGUUUCCACAGCUCUCUCGAGGAGAAGAACCAACUGCUUCACACCCUGACCACGUACGGGAUCGAAACAACGGUGGACAGAGCCAAGAAGAAGGAUCGGAUCAGGGAAUGGAUUCAAGCGAGCGCUAUAGUCGAAGAGUACGAGGAAGACGAGUCGGACCUAAACGAGGAUAUUCGUGUCGUCUACGAGGACGAGGACGAAGAGCCUAGCUCGAUGAAAGGGAGACAUUUCCCCGAAACUCGUCCAGUUGUCAGGAACGAGACGAGGAGGCACAAAAAUCGAACACACGGCUCGUCGGCCAGGAAAAGACAGCCCAUCAAAAGACAGCCUACCGAACGAAAGAUCCCAUUCGCCCCUCAAGUAGCCGAGGAACGAGAAACCAUAGCCAGAUUCGCCAGUUUCCCCAACGGCGACCCCAAUUUGGCACUUCUCAAGAAUGGAACGAGUAACGAUACGACCUCUCCCCUGUCUCUAAAAGCCGAGGCCAAUGUGGAAGAUCGGAAAGCAUCGAUGAACGGUCAAAUGAUCAAUAAUUGCCCAAUAAUGACGAGCCUGAACGUUCAAGACGAAUCCAUUCUAACCAACAGCGGAGGGAAUGGUUUCAAACCUAAUUCUCAAGAAACGAAACCCACACUCUCCCCCCAACUGGAGUUCCAGGAUCAUCGAGCCGCCAUCGAUAACGCAAGUUUGUCGAAAAAUCCACAGCUCCCGAAUAGAAAGCAUCGAUCGCAAACCGCCCCGUUUCCGGCCUCACCGGAACUGCUGAACGGAAGCGGAGGAUCGGAGUCCUCCGCCAGGAGAAGCCAGUCGGCCGUGGUGCUGGCCAAUUCCACGCAACAGCCAGACAGGUCGAAAAUGGGGAUCGGCCGACCUGUGGAGAGGUCAGUGAUGCCGGUAACGAACGGGCAAUCGUCGGUGGCUCGAGGCGAGAGCGCGGCCCCGAGAGCUGAACAUCGAUCCGCGACGCAAUCGAUGUCUCGAGUAGAAAACGCACCGGUGGCGAUGCUGCCUCGAGUGGAGAAUCAAUCGAACGUGGCCAGAAACGAGAAAUCCGGGCCGACCGGACCCAUUGCGAUGAAUCCGCUCGCGUUGCCGGCCGCCUCUCACCUCGUCAUGCAGAGCUUCAACGCGAUGCAAGGUAUCAACAAUCAGGUCGUGGCUGGGGAUAAUAACAACAAUCCUGGCGUGAAUUCGCCUAGGAAUAGCUCUUGCUCCACACCUAGCAAGGUACUCACGCCUAAGAACAGCCCGACCACCACCCCUGCGAGGACGUGUACGCCACCCAAGCACAAGGGGAGUCUCAGGGUCGAGGAGAGCGUCGUUUACUACGGCAAGGACCCGUUCGAGCAUUAUGGGAUCGCGCAAGGGGCGAUUCUGAGGGACAGAAUCGCUCGACGAGGCUCGAUGGAGAGCGAGAACAGAUCUGUUAGUAAUUGAGGAUCGAUGUUUGAUUUCGGUUUCGCGUGACACUGGAGGUUGGAGGAUGGGGAGGUUGUCGAAGGCUGGCGCGGAUUGCGGAUGGGACGUGACACUGUACAUCGUGUCCUGGUUUGGCCACGGUAUACGCGUCGUGUUUCUGGCUACGUAGCCAGACGAGUAUUUGGAGGAGGAGAAAUUUGGUCACGUUGGGGAAUAGGUGAUUGAUAUUAUACGUAUUGACGAGGUUUGAUACCAUGUAUUUGGGGGAUCGAACGUGAUCGCUUUAUGGUUUAUUUUGAAUUCGGGGAGGGGGGUGUUGGAGAUAUUUUUCCAAGAUGUUGUUUUUCAUAUGAAACGAUAUUUUUUUUGAAAUUGAAUACCAACGAUGGAAUGGAAUAUUUGAAAAUGAUCGCUAGAGAUGUAGCGUAGAGUUUAGUACUAAUUUAACAAAGCAAAGUUAUCUGGCAGUAGAACCAGCUUUAUUUGGAAUCGAUUCGCGUAACCGUCGUGUAAAAAUCGUAUGAAUUCGAUUAUUUCGAGGAGAAGAAUAAAAUAUUCGUUCAAGGUAUCUAUCGAGGAUGAAAGAAAGUUGUUGUUAAGUAAAGUACGACGAACGAACAUGAUACAUUCUAUUCGCAAUAAAUAUCACGAACAGUAUUAAAACGGUCCAAAGAGAAAAGAAAAGAAACGAAUAAAAUAUCGCUGUUACAGGCGAUAUAAUACAAUAAAGAAGGUACAUCGCUCAAUUCGAUCGAUCGUAUUAUGCCUACCCAACUAUGUGUCAAACGAUACGACAUAUAACAGUGCAUCGUCAAAUGUGUCCCGUUUGUUGGAAACGUGCCAUUACAGAGAUUCUUUUGUUCCUUCGUUGUCGAUUCUUACAUUGAACGGCCAAUGUAUCGUACACGCUUGUGUCGAAUAAUUAAUGAAUUAUUGUUUCGUUUAUCGUUUUCUUUUCGUUGCAACAGGACACGCCCAACACCAUCGAACACGGACAUAAAGGUAAACGAUAAUGCGAUGUGAUCAUUAUAUUUUGAAACCGAUGUGUCGUGUAUUUCAGGAACUAUUUACAUAUUUGUGAUCGUCGAUCAGCCAGCAAGAGUGGAGGCGGACAAAUUUUGGCACCUCACGUCCGGAAAACAAGACGUCUUGCUCUUGACUGUGGAAUACUUUUGAUUAUUUAGGGUUUUCGAUCGUGAAUGAUACGAGUCGGCCCAUCGAGACCAAACUGGUGGGUGUAAAUAUGGGAGAAAAUAUGGAACGGAUUCUCAAAAUUUAUGUGUUCAGAGGAUACAGGAAAAAUGAGAAAAGUGAUUAAUUCCUCGAUGAAUUAAAACUAUAUGCAAAAAUUCUGCUUUUGUAAUCAGAUAUUAUGCAAUCAUAUUCGAUUGCUCAUAUCACUGUUAAUAUAUAUUUAUCAAUUAUUAUUUAUUUUAAUCGAGUAAAUAUACAUGUUUCGAUAAAUUUCGUCGUAAUUCUCAAAUAGACUGAACUGAAUAUAAACGAGAAUGUUACUCUAUACAUAAUCUAAUCUAAAAUAAGUUAUCUUUCUCUCGUUUAAAUAUUUUCUCGUGAUUAUGAUUUGUGCAUUAUGAUUUUAGAAAUGAAAUGAAGAUACGAUAGAAAAACAACACGUAUAAACAUUAUUAAAAAAAUCGAAAAAAGUCGAAAAUUUUAAACUGUUUAAAAAAAAACACAAAGAUACAUUACGAUAAAAUCUGUUUAUAUCUUCCAGAUCCAUAAAUUUUCAAAAUUAAAAUAUUUACAUGUCUCUAUAUGACACCCACUAAAUUUCAUCUCGAUAGACCGACCAGGAAAAGUAUCUCGCCAUUGAAGAAAAAUAUCCGGAAUUCUGUUAAAUUCUGCUAAAUUCUGUGUCGCUCGCUAUUCCACUCUAUUCCAAGACGAUGUUAAGAUUCUAAUUGAUUCUAAUUGAAAUGUAAAUAUUACAUUGCACACCGUGACAUGUUUCUCCGUUCACCACGGAGUGGUCGAAGGUGUGGCAAACGGAAUGUGACGUGAUUUCGAUUAAUUGUGAUAAUAGAAGACCCGUAAGAUGACUUUCAAAUCGUUUAUCUAUCCAAUUGGAACCGUUCCAAUAAAUUGUUGCGCGCGAAGGAUGUAUAAUUUUGUUAGUUAUGAAUGGUGUUACAUAUAUUUAAUAAUGUAUUAUUGUAAAUAAGUGUUCCACGAAUAAACGAGGAUAAAACACGGAUGAUAAAAAUCGAUGAUCUAAUUUAAAUGCGUUUUAUUAUUGCAUUCUUAUUAAUUAGUGUGAAUUUAUCUUAUCGCUAUUGCUCUUCUUCCAUUGGAAAUCUUUAAUACAAAUUUUUUCCAAAAAAUAAAAAAAGGAAAAAUACAAGAGUGUAAAGAGUAAAAGAUAAAGAGAGUGCAUAGAAAUUCCGAGAAAUGAUAACAGAUGGCAGCCAAGGUUACGAAGCAACGAGGGUGAGAAAGUGUGACUCAAAUUGUUUUCUUGGCAAUUAUUAAACAAAGAUAUCUUAAUAAAUCGUUUCGAUGUAUUUUGAGAUUCAUUGGAAAUAAUAUGCGACGGCCAUUUAUAGAUGUUUAUUCGACAAAUAUUUAUCAUCGAGAUAUAAUGGACAAAAAUGAAAUGAAACGAACGAUUCUAAUAACAAUUUAUCUGUGUAACUUUAAAAUAUAAGUAGAUUUUCUUGAUAAAUGUAUGUAAGAUCCGUAAUUUAUAUUGACACGAAUUAUUUUUCUUCCAUUUAUCGAAUUCUUUGAUUCGAUCUCGUGAGAAAUUCAAAAUGUUUUUUUUUUCAUUUAAAUUUCUUUCCAUGAUAUUAAAUUACUUUUUUUUAAUAUAAAUAAACCGAAUCUUACAUACGUAAUAACAAAAAGAAUAUCAUAUUAUAAGUUAAACGAAUCCUAUCUAAUAAUAAAAGAUUUUGCAAAAUUAAAUUUAAUUACGAUAUGUAUACGAAAUAGCAAAUAAAUAUAAUAAAUACAAUUUACAAAA